UUGUCGACCUGCUGCUGCCACCACAGCUGGGUGUUCCUUUUCUUUUGAAAGACGUGCAUUCGCACCCCCUUUUCUCCUCUGACCCCUCCACCCUUUGACCAGGCGAAUACCUGGUAGCUACGGCCUGAGAUCGGAGACUUACACACUGCUACCUACACGUAUCCAGCAUUGGUUAUUGAUCCCUACUACUCAUCUGGUGUGUAUGCGUGUAUGCACUUCAAAGAAAGCUGGUCCCUGUCGUCUGUUUCCAUUCUAAUUCAUUCAAGAGGUGUCUGUAAAUCUCUCUUCUCCUUCGCUGAUUGAGAUACGCCCACCCUGGGAUAGCAACGGCACGGAAAGCUGUCUGCCCCGGAACUAAAGCCUUGAGAAGAGAGACAACGUUCAUCCAUCUACUGAAGGCAGUGCGGGGACCUAUAGACUCAUCCCUCGUUCCCCGGCUUUACGUCUGCUCCAAUUCUGUAACCUUGUCAUAUCACUUCAUCCUCUUUUAUCAACAUCGGAAAUCUGUCUAUCUCUCGCUUCGCCUUCGCGUCACGACGAACACCAAUUCCUCGUGCCACUAUUUCUCAAGCCCUCUCUCGACAGACAGUACCGCCAUUUUGACCUCGACCAAGACUCUUAGUAAACCCUUUCUUUCAAGUCAGGGCACAGCAACUACCUCGGAGGCCCUGGCUCAGAUUACCCUUUCACAGUUUACAACACUGGAGCUCAAGUUUUCUCCUGGAAUACACCUCUCACUUUUCGACUUCUCGCGAGACGAUAGGCUAACUCUGCACUUGCAACCUCGCUGUGGCUGGAUAUAGUCGACAGCAUAUCUAAUUGUAUUAGACUCAACCCUUGACGAGCAACUCCACGCAUCGACUUCAAGCUCGGCACGACAUAUCCUGUCUGGAGAAGGAUCUCGAACAGCCUGUAUUGCGAGGAUUUGUUCCCUGGAAAUCAUCAACUUGAUCAGAUCAUACUCUUCUGGCAACCAAACCCCACCAGUUCUGGAAUUGGCGAUAUUCAUCAUUUUGAAGGCGUCCCCCUGGCACACACACACACUACUCCAAUUACCACCCCCAUACUAUUCCCGAACCCAUCUGCAACACCCAACCUGAGCCGCAUCACAUUGUUUCCAGGGAUCCCACUCGCCCGAGACAAACUAAUACAAGUCGACGAGCCUCUUAACACCAUUUCUAGUCUGUUCUUAUCUUCGAACUGCACUUUUCUGAAGGAUCUGAAAAUUUUCUGCUGAGCAGCAUAAUACCUUGCGAACUGUCUCAAGUCUUGCCCGAGUCGCAUCCACUCAGGACUCGAGUCACUAUAUAUCGACUGACCAACUACAUAUCACGACAUGUCCCAGUGCUACAAGCUGUGCUAGGCCCUUGAUUUUCCAUUGGGUCUGUCGUUAUACAGCAUCAGUAUCUGACACUGGACGCCGGUGGCAAAAACUUUUACCGAGAUUUAGCUUGCGCUUGGCCACUUGCCUUGCGAGUGUAUUUGGUUAUUCGUAGGCUAUCGACAACUAACUCGGGCAAGUCGCACAUAUCAACAGCUACUAGAAUCAUGGUUAGAGAUUGGACCAGGGAGUCUUUCUCCCGCCAUCCUCAUCAUCCUUACCUGCCAGAGAGAUUUGUCGCGGAUGGAGUUGACGAUAAUCGAUUUCCAGAGGCUCAAGAUAUGCAUAGACGACAGCCUCCAAUGGUAACAACCUUCAAACGUGCUCAUUGGAGUCCUCGCUGACAUAAGGCUAAAGCAAAUCGCCGAUGCUCUUCGUCGAGACUGUGGGAUAUCGGUCAGGCACUAUUUCUUGGCUGUAGUAAUGGAUGACGGAAGCCCUCAAACCUUCUCUGGUCCUAGUACCUCCGGACCUCGAAGUGGUUACGAGAAACAGUUUUUUGAUAUGGAAAAAUACUUGAGGGCUAUGGACCGCUUGGAUUCUGGUGCGAGCCCUAUCGUUGAUGACUUCGCAUUCGAUGGGUACAAGCAAUCUAUGGACUUUCCAAGGAAUCGUAUGAUGGACCGCCGACGAAUGUCUCAGUUUGACGAUUGGGAAGCGCCAUCACGACAAGGCCGGAAAAGACCAAGAGCUCGCCACCCCAUCAUUGAUGAAGAUGAAGUGCCCAUGACUGUAUCAACAACAAUCAGAAAGGGUAUUCAGGUUGGAAAUCCCACGGAGCUUUGGACGUUUUAUGAGCAACGUUUCAAAAACAUGCAGCAAACGGCUUGCAAGCUCAUAGCAAAAGCAUGGGUCAAGGCCGUGGAGCCAAAGAAGCAGUCUACACACCCUUACACGGGAAGCGACGAGAAGGCACCCGACUGGUGGCCCAAGCCCUGGGGUCCAACAAAGGAGGAUAAGGUGCGGCACAAGGAGCCAGACCAUCUCUACAAACGAGAGCGAGUUCAUCUUCUUAACCACAUCCUCAGAAUGAUCGUGGAGCCCAAUAAGACUCAGCAUCCUGACAUUCAAAAGCUAAAUCUUAACGUGAAGAAGCUGGAGGAGAUUACGAUCGAGGCUCUUUCAGGCUUUUUCGCGGACAAGGAUAAUCCAGCCAAUGCGAAGAAGCGACCGUUUCUCAAUGAGAUUUUCAAAGUGGCCAAGCAACAGGAACGUUACAAAGACGGGAUGAUUGAUGGGACAACGGAGGUUUUUGUCAUGGCAGACGACAAGAUGCUUGAUUCGUAUGCAUCCGGUAACGAUGACGACGGGCCUGUUCCCAAGGAAGAGGAUGACCAAGACGUGCCGCCAAAUAAGUUGGCGGCAGUCCCUGGUCUGAUGCCUUCGUCAAACAGCCACAGCUCAGGCGCUUCAUUGCAUGGCACACCCUUCCUCGGUGGAGAGCUACCUGUACGAGGCAACCAGUACAACCACUCGAUGAUGCAGGACAUGGCUCCGGACCAGCACGGCUUUGUUGAGAACAACGCCAUGCCGGUGAAUGGUCAACCUGCGGUCCACCCUAAUAGCGGGAACCUCGGUAUAGAUAUGGGUGUGCCUCCUGCUGCACAUGAUUCUGGACGUCGUUCAUCCAUCUUCAGCGCCUCAGCAGAUUACGCAGGACAGAAUGGUACAACGAUAUACACCCAGCAAUGGCAGCCGGGUUCCACAGCGCCAAACUCGACGUCAAUGUAUACCUUCACUCAACAGCCAGCCAAUCCGCCAGCGACCGCUUUUGUCAGCCCCGGGGUUCCCAUGAAUCAGGCUCAGCCAUAUAUGAAUGCCUCGUUCGAUGGACUCACGCGGGGAUAUGACCCCAAUCAGCCUACUAUGUUCCGAACAGGAAGUGUGGCACAACCGUCACAGGUCCAUCCGACCCCGGGCUAUGACUAUAUGUCUCAGGACAGUCGAGGGCUGCCCGGUGUCAAGGUGGAUGAUGUACCGCGACAUGCGAUGCAUUAGACUAUGCCAGACUUGACGUGACCUCUUAUAUACAGCCCGUGACACAUUCUUGCUUUUCUCAUAUGGUUAUAGAUUAUGCAUGACUUUGGGCCUGGUAUGACAGCACAGGUCGAUCAGAACAGAUCAUGCGAUGGUUUGUUACAGCCUCGCUGUUUCUCGGUUUACAGUUCCCACCGAAUACCGGUACCAGCAUUGUUACGAUUGCUCAUUUUGUUCAGACGGUGGGCGGCUAUGAUUGCCACUUGAUUCGAUACCCCAAAAUAUAUCUUUAAGGACAAUCUCGGGAUGGUUUAUUUGUUUUUUGCGAUUGACCACAGCGUCUUGUUUGGAAUAAACUAUAUUGUGUGUGCCUGCAUUUUCGGUAUCAAGUUUUGUUUUCCCGCGGGCUUGGUGGUUCCUGAUUGGCAUUUCUAUGGUGUGCAUUCUCGCUCAACGUGGACAUUGACAUGCUCCGAAUUGUUAAUUACUGCUUAGCUCUGAGUAGAUGAGGGUGGCUCAUGGGUGUUGGGACAACGGCUACGAAAUUCUUAUGUUGACGACCAGAAACGCAAUCACGAUUAACGGCGGCGAACACGUUUACCAGCAGUGGUUCAUUCAUCAUGUCCACAUGCGGACGAUUUAUCGAGUCCAAUGAAAUAGGGUUAUGAAACAGGGGGAUGGGAAAUGAGAACUUCUCAUAUCCAUAAGCAAUGUGGAAUAGAUAUUGGGCGAAGGAAUCUUACAUAUUAUACUUCAAGUUCCAGCUUGCAGCUUACUUGCUUCGUGGAUACAUAGGGUCUGUUAGGUCAGUUCCUGCUAAUUUCAGCUCUGAAUGAAGAAUGGUUGAACAAGGCAGUGAGGAGAUUCUGCUCAUGAGAACUGCUGCACAUCUUGGUGUAGGGAGAGGCGGCGGAGGGCCAAAAGGGGGACUAUUUCCUUGUGUAUUUCUCAGUUGAACAAGGCCUGAUCUAGCGUUUCAACGCAAUAACGAUCACAAUUCGACCAUUCCUUGCUCCACAGCAGCAAAAUCAUGAAUAACAAUCAUGGACAGGCUUUAGCGCAAAGGCAGAGUUUAUCAUGAUCAAUUAUACCAGGUUGUUUUCCAAUACAGCACUCGGAAAAAUCAUGAACAAAAGAAUAUGCAUGAGCAGGCACAUUAUAUGAAGAAAAGUUCUAUCAACUCGGUUCAACACUCAAGCUACUGUACCGUAUCGCACAGUGAAGCAGAUCCGUUACCUCAACCUUCUGCUGACCUGUUAGUGAAUCCAUCCACCAACGCCAAGCUACUUGAAACCAUCAAACCAAAUGAAUCAAAUCAAAUCAGAGACAACAUAAUCACGCGAGGAGACUACUCAGGUGCACCAAGAAGAACUCUCUUGAUACUCUGCUCUCUCCUGGUUGUGGGAAAAUGUCGCUCCC